AUCUCUAAAUUGUCUCCUCUGUCUCAUAUAUUUCCUUCACCUCCUUCCAUCCCUGCUGUCUUUCUACCAUUUUCUCCCUCCCACUUUUCUCUUUCCUACUUCUCUCAUCCUUCCUUACCCUGUCUUUUUAUCUACCACCAUUUCCUCUCUGUUCUUCCCACCAUCUAUUCACUGAACCUGUCAUUUCUCAUUUUCUUUAUUUUUCUUAUCUUAUCACCUUUCUUCCCAUUUUAUCUGUCAUUCCCCUCUUCUUGUCUUUCUAAUUCCUCUUUUCUUCUGGCCUCCUCUUUUUCCUCCUCCUCUGUUCUGUCCUCCCUUCAUUUUUCAUCUCUUUUCAUCUUUUCUUAUUUCCUCUAUAUUCUCCUUCCCUCCUAUUUUCUGCCCCCCUUAAUCUCCCCUUACCUCCUCUUUCUCUCCUUGUCUCUUUAUCUUUCCUUGACUUCUCUCAUCAGGUUUGCCAUCAUGCUUCAUCGUUGUACUCUUCUGAUUGGAGUGCUGCUCUCUUUGGCUGUGCCCCUGCUGGUUACCACGGAGACCUGCCCAGCAACUGGGAUGCCUGGGAUGCCAGGUAUUCCUGGACUUCCUGGCAGAGACGGUCGCGAUGGAGAGAAAGGACAGAAAGGAGAGCCAGGAGCCCAGUGGCACGGCAGCCUUGGCCUUCAGAAGGGAGAGAAGGGGGAGCCAGGGCUGAUGGGAUUCCCUGGUAAACGAGGCCAGAGUGGGGAACCCGGGGAACCAGGGGCCCCUGGAUCUGCAGGACCUCAAGGAGAACCAGGAGAACCCGGGACUGUGGGCGUCCAACCGCAGGCGGCCUUCAGCGUGGCCAGAGGAACCAACGAAUACCCAGACAGAGCCAGCGUCAUUCGGUUCACCAACAUCAUCACCAACAUUGAUGAGGACUACAACGCAAGAACAGGACACUUCAGGUGUCGGGUUUCAGGAACGUACUACUUUGUGUUCCAUGCCUCCUUAGAAGAUCGACUCUGUGUGGUGCUGAAGCUUGACAACCAGCUGCUGACAUCGUUCUGUGAUUAUCGCCGGAACAGGAGACAGGUGACUUCGGGCGGUCUGGCGGUCUAUGUGUCGAAAGAUCAGGAGGUUUGGCUGGAGACUAAAGACUACAGAGGGAUGAGAGGAAGCCCCAGUGGUUACAGCAUCUUCUCUGGCUUCCUGCUGCAAGCACACUGAUGGACAAGGUGGCUAACACAACACCAUUUUACAGCAUAACGAAUGAAACUACAGGCAAAGCAAUGACCCUUUCAACUUUGAAAAAAUGCCUACUGGAUAUUUCUGUCUUCACCUUUCUUUUGUCAUUUUGUUUUACAAUUUUAUUUUGUCGAAUCAGCUGUAAGUUUUUCUUGUCAAAUAAAGAACUGAGUCUUCAAAUGAAAAGAAAUGUAAAAGCAAUGUUUGCCAUUGUGAUCCAGUAUGUUUUCUCAGUUAAUUUAACUCAGCUGGUUUUAAAUUUACAGUGUAAAAAGCCUUUCAUUUACAGACAACUAGGAAUAUUGCAGACCCCCAUCUAUAUUAAUAGGUGUGUUUACAUUAGAUGACGUUUAAGCCACUUUUAAGGAUUUAUAAAUAGAUUGUUGAUUGAUGGUUUUAACCCUUAAAACAAGUUUAUCAUUAAUGCAGCUUCAAUUUUUUUUUCUCCUUUUAAUUAAUCCUUGCAGUUGACAUUUAAAGAUAGUCUCAAAUAAAUACAAAAUGAUUUCCUGGUUAAUUAAAAAUUAAAUGAAUUUCAACCAGAAAGCUCAAUAACCCCAAAUAAAGAGGAGAGAAGCAACCUGAAA